AUGGAAGCAUCUAGUGCGUCCAGUUUUGGAAUAGACACUAUUUUAUCUUCUGGUGGUUCGUGCAGCUCGGCGCUGGCGAUGAUGGACGAAGAUUACCGAGCGGCGGACUUUCGGAGCCGCGCUACACCGUCACCGUGCUCGGAUCUGGACGCGUCGGGCGCAAGAAGCCCGUCUACCCCAAUCUCGGUCACCGCGGACCCUCCCGAGCCGCUUUCGGUGCAAGAAGGACUUCAUCAUCAUCUUCAUCAUCACCAUCACUAUCAUCCGGUCGCCCAAAAUCCUGUCCCGCGGACCGCCACCUCCUCUUUUCUUAUCAAGGACAUUCUGGGUGAUGGGAAGCCGCUGGCAGCGUGCGCGCCUUACAGUGCCAGUCUGGCACACUCUCCGCACCAUCAUCAUCCUCAUCAUCACCACCACAGCCCAAAGUCCGAGAGCGCGGAACCUCUCACACCCAAAGCGGAGCACGAUGAGCUCGGGGGCAAACUGGACAAAAGAGACGACAAACAUGAGUCCAAAUGCAACGGAACAAAAGAGGAGGGUGAUCGGGAAAUCUCCAGUUCCAGGGACAGCCCCACGGUUCGCUCUAAGAAGCCGCGGAAAGCUCGGACGGCUUUUUCGGAUCAUCAGCUGAACCAGCUGGAGCGAAGCUUCGAGCGCCAAAAGUACCUGAGUGUUCAGGACCGAAUGGACCUGGCAGCAGCACUAAACCUCACCGACACACAGGUCAAGACCUGGUACCAGAACCGACGGACGAAGUGGAAGCGGCAGACAGCAGUAGGGUUGGAGCUGCUGGCAGAAGCGGGCAGUUAUUCGGCGCUGCAGCGGAUGUUCCCAUCACCGUAUUUCUACCCCCCUGGGCUGCUCGGCUCGGUGGACGGCACGGCGGCAGCAGCUGCGGCGGCAGCAGCGAUGUACAGCAGCGUUUACCGGAGCAGCGGACCCGCCCCGCACCCCGCCGCCCUGCACCCCGCCGCCCUGCACCCCGCCGCCCUGCACCGACCGCUCGUGCCGCGCGUACUCAUCCACGGCCUGGGAGCGAGCGGGCAACCGGCCCUCAAUCCGCUGGGAAGCCCGGUUCCCGGUGCGACGCACCCCCGGUAAAGAGAUAAAUAACAGAGAAAAAAAUCAAUGAAGAGACACUGGAAAGAGACGUGAAUCAGACUCGCGCUGGGUUUUUUUGAGACAAUUCAAAGCGCCUUUUCUCCAAAAAAGACAAUUCAAAGACUUUUAUUAAAGAAAAGAAAGAAAGAAGAACUAUUAUUAUUUAAUAUGGACCAACCAAGCAGUUCUGAUCUGGCCGUGCACAGUAAAAAAGUGACUGUUUAUGUGACGGAUUGUUGUUUGUUUUGGUUUUUUUGUACAAAUACACUUAUACUACUAAAUAAACUCAAAGUUUAUUAGAAUUCAAGAAAAGCUUGAAUAAAGA